CGCUUUCUCUUUCUCCCUCGCACUAGUCCUUUCACCAGUUCUCAUAAAAUGGCUCGACCAGCAGGUGGCAAUCAGACAAGCAAUCAGAAUAGCGUUGCGAAUGCAUUCAAGGAGUGGUACGCAUCCCUGCCGCCAAUUACCCGGACAGUCCUGACGGGCAUCGUCGGGACGACGUUUGCAGCCGGGCUGGGCGUGGUCCCUUACCAUCACCUCAUCCUGUACUGGCCGUUUGUGUACCAAAAGUUCCACAUCUGGCGCAUAGUGACGACGUUCCUGGCGGACCGCAUCUCCCUGAAUCUGGUCCUUAAUAUGAUCUUCUUCUACCGGGACUCGACGGAUCUGGAGACGCAGAUAUUUGCGGGGCGCAAGGCCGACUAUACGUGGUUCCUGCUGCUGAGCAUGGCCAUGACCUUGAAGCGUUCGCUGCUGCUGUCGGUGGUGAUGCUGUGGUCGCUGUUCUCGUAUGCUAUGGUGUACGGCGCCUUGGCCGGCCGCGCAUACUAUUACCUGGCGACCGAGCUGCCAGCACAGGGCGGUCUGGACUAUAUCCGCACGCCGCAGUUCCUGUACAGGCUGCUGGGAGAGACGCCCAGCGCGGGUCCUGGAACAAUGAGGAGUGUGUCGGGCGCUACGGACCUGCGCACAAGAUACACCAGCAGCGGCGCGCGGGCGGCGCCGGUCAAUCGGACACCCGGCAGCGGACACAACUGGGGUACUGGUAGACGUCUUUAA